AUGGUAGCUGAGCGAAGAACGAGUAGGAUCCUAAAACCGUUGGUUGCAGUGGCUGGGUUUGCUCUCGCUGCUGGGGUGAUAGUCUAUUCAUAUUGGAACAGUUCGGAUACACCUGAGAAGAAGCGAAACUAUAAAGAGUAUCGAAGGAAGUGUAUCAUAUGGAGCCCGGCAGUUGAACAAUCGAGUAAUUUAGAGACCAUACUUCUUGAGGAUAGUGUAAUUCUAAUACCCCCUGAAUCUGGAAGCUUGCAGGAUUUACUGGCUGUGGGGAACGAGAAUGCUUACAAAAUCAUCAAGUGCGAUACAUGGCAAGGUGUGUGGUCAUGUGUUCGCCAUCUACGUGCACACUACCUACUACUAAAGGAGUGUGAGAUACCUGAAGCUAUUCCGGUAGAUAUUCUGAAUUAUGUGAAUAAGAUAAUCAGCAUUUAG